UAAAAUUGUAUUAUUAUUUUUGAAUUUAAUAGGUGUAUAAAUUGCGAUAUUAUUUAAUACGAGUGAUGGUGUUCAGAUGUUGUGCACUGUUCGCAGGUUGAUGUCGUUCUUCAUUCAAAAGGUGGGAAUUAGCAUAAAUGAUUUUAUGGCCAAAGUGGUAGCAAACGACAAGUUCUCCGGUCUAUACAUCAGUACGUAUGGCGGCGGUGAACCUGUCACCCUCCACCAGGAUCAACAGCAGCAGCAACAACAACAGCAGCAGCAGCAUCAGCAACAGGAGGAAUUGCAGCAGAUCCGAAAUGGCGGCGUCAAUGUCGGUUACGACAAUUUGGAGGCGUGCAUCGCGUACGCCGAUUCGGUGGCCAAGUGCGGCCGAGUGUGCGAAUCCCUGGAUCUGUACGCCCGGUGUUUCCGGAUGGGACCGCUGCCCGUCGACUGCCUGUGGCACGUGACCUCAGCUUUCCUCGACCUGAUCCGACAGCAGGUCGACGACUCCCAGACAAUCCCAAAGUCCUCGUCACCGCCACCACAGUCACAACAACAACAGCUACAGCAGCAACACAACAACCAUCAGAACCACCGCCACAACACCCACCACGUUCAUCAGCAGCAACAGUCGUGCCCGUUCGUUUGUUGCAUCUGCAACCUGGUGCUCAGGGAACCGGUCACGCUGCUGUGUGGUCACACGUGCUGCUGGAGGUGCGGGGGUGGCACCGCCUGCAAACCGUUAGUGUGCCACAAGUGCGGCAUGCGCACGCCAUUCCAACCGCACGUAGACGUGCUAGUCAAGUCGUUGGUCGAGAAACUGUGGCCGAUGCAGUUGCGGGCCUCCGAGCUGCUGGACGAGGGCAAGGCCUUGUACAGACAGGGCAAUAUUCACUCGGCCCUCAUUAAGUUCAACCAGGCAUAUUGCACCGGAGGUGAAAAUUAUGAUUUGUUGAACGUCAGGUCAAGAACGCUGCUUAAACUCGGACUCAAUGAAAACGCUCUUUCGGAUGCUGUCCGUGUAGUCCAAAUAAAACCCAAUUGGUCCAAAGGACAUUUCACUCGCGGCAUGGCGUUGUUUUCUCUGGAGAGAUAUCAAGAGGCGUUAUUAGAGUUUUCGUUGAGCGCAGUGCUCGGUGAAAACCAGCAAAAACUCCAGUCACAAAUUAACGAGGUGUUACAGAGGUUACUGACAAUAUAUUCCAAUGAAACUGAAGAUUUAGAUCUAGAUGGUUGGAAUCCAAUAUCUCACAGUUACUUUAGAUCGUACUUGAACACGUUUAUCAACAGGUCCAACGUAUUCGACAACAGUUCAAACUCCUUAAAAGUGAAAUCUUUUGUCAACGAAAGUACAUUUAUGAAAAAACAACUCUGUGAAAUCAGCACAAUAACUGAGUUGGUCCAACAUAUUUUUGUUGAAAUAAUGCAGACUAAACAUUACACUUCGAACGUCUUAAUCAAUAACACGCUAGACGUGGACAAGUCGUUGUUGGACGAAACGGACUUCAAUUGCGUUCUGUGUUGCGAAAUGUUGAGGAACCCUGUGACGACACCGUGUGGGCACACGUACUGCUUAGACUGUCUAGAGCACAAUUUCGAUUACAGUUUCCACUGUCCUCUGUGUCUGACGUCACUGCCACCUACCUUGGCGCUGAGCAACAAGAACACUUCGGAAUUCGUCAAUGAGUUGAUCGGCUGCAAGUACGCCAAAAAUGGUCCCAUGCAGACGGUAAACUGGAAACCGGAAGCGGAAAACGACAGCACGUACUUGCCGGUGUUCGUGUGCACGAACGCUUUCCCGUCCGUGUCAUGUCCGCUGCACGUGUUCGAACCGAGGUAUAGGCUGAUGAUCAGGAGGUGCAUCGAAUCGGGUACGAGGAGAUUCGCCAUGAUCAGCAACUGCUGUCCUCCCAUGAAGUUCGCCGAGUUUGGGACAGUGUUAGAAAUCAAAGAUCGAAUCAUGAUGGGUAACGGUUGCUCUAUUCUGUCGACAAUCGGAAUGCGGCGAUUCAAAGUGUUAGUCCGAAAAGAACACGAUGGCUAUGACAUGGCCACUGUGCAAUACAUACAGGACGAAAAAGUUCCUCCGAAAAAAUUAGUAGAAUUAUAUAAGCUUCACGACGACGUUCGGCGACGGGGAUUAGCGUGGUUCGACGAUUUUCGGUCCGAAAUAAAAUCGGAAAUCCUGAGGACGGUUGGUUAUCCGCCGAGCACCGAACCAAAUUGGGAAGAACUCUCCGACGGUCCAGCUUGGACGUGGUGGUUGUUAUCGUUAUUACCACUGGGCCAAAACGCUCAUGUGGACCUCUUGGCGAACACUAGCAUUGAAGUCCGAUUAAAGGUGAUCAACAAAAUUCUCAACCGCAUCGAACGAAGCUCGUUGUCCCUAAGAAUAACGUCGUCACCAAUGCAGUAUAACAAUAAUUAAUAACAAUCAAUAACGAUGAACUAUAUAUUAUGAUUAUUAUUAUUAUUAUUAUUAUGUCGACGAUACUAUUAUUAUAAUAAUAAUAAUAAUAAUAAUGUUUUUUAACGUUUAGGCGACCGGUAAUCUCGACGACAAUAACCACUUGUUAUUUAUAUCUUUUUAUAAUAAUAUAAUAUUAUUAUGUUGUAGGCAGCGCGGGUGUUGUAGUCUCCGAUCUUAUAAUUAUUAUUAUUUAUGUACCUACACGAUAUCAUUAUGAUUAUUUUACAUAUAAUUAGACGUACCUAUAUUCCGACGUCCGACGUCUCGAGAUGAUAAUAUUAUUUCAUUGUCAUUAUUAUAUUUAUUAUUAUUGUACAAUAUUUUGUUCUGUGAUCUCCAAAUCUGGUCAAUUCAGUUGCUGAUAAAUAAUAUCACGCAUACCUAUAGGUAAAUUAAACGAUUUUUGCUUAAUGUGUUUCUGCAUACCAACUUCCUGAAAUCUAAGAAAAUAACUACCACAAAAUUUACCUGAUUCAUCUCAAUUUAUUUUUUAAGAUAACGCACAUUUACACUACAUAUUGUGAACAAUAAUUUAGUUUGUUAGGAUAAUUAUUAUUGUAUUUCCGAUUGCGAGUCGCGCCUGGAAAGCUAUUAUGAUUUUGAAUUAUUACGGUUAUUUUUGCUUUUUGAUCAUUAUAACGAAUUCUCAAAUUAUUAUGGUACUUAUGUUGAUAAAUUUGAAAGUACCCGAAAGUCGCUUUUGCGGUUCAAUAAUAAUUAUUGUGAUAUUGAAAUGUGUAAUUGUUUAUAUUUAUUUAUUAGUAAUGUUAUAUUUUUAUUAUUUAACAUGUUUACUACCUCUUUAAGAACGCAGGUGGUAGGUGGGAUUUUUUAAUGAUUCUUUUUUACUUGUUUUAUUUUCUGAGCUAAAUUAUUAUUAUUGUCAACUUACAAAAAUAAAUAUUCUUUAUUUCUUGUUUGAUAAUAUUGUGCUAAUGUUUUUCUUAGCAUACACUUAAAGUUCUAUAAAAAUGAAUAAACCUAUAAUUUUUAUUUUUUACCCGUACGAUUACUCAAAUAUUCUACUGUUAGAGAGGUAUCCUGCGUUCCCAUUAAAAUGGAUUACUAGUCGUUCAUUUUUUUUAUCGAUAGUUAAAAUAAUAUAGAAAGAUAAAUCGUAAUUUUUUACUUUUAUUUUUUUUUGUGCUUUAACAGACGUAAAUAUAGAAAUAAUAAACCAUGUUAAUGUAUAUAUUAUUAUCUAAUUAUUUAUUAUAUACAUGUGUUUCUAAUUUAUUUUUUGUGAAUGCUUACUGUUGUUUUUGUGAAAACUUAUUUAUAGAAUGUAAUAUUAUUGGCAAUUACACGAUUUUACCUAUGUGUGUAAUUGCUGCUCAUAUACCGGACUUUUUUCACCCAAACCAAAAUUAUAUGGGAAUUUAUUAUAUAUAUUUUAUAUAUAUUAUUUCAUAUUUGUUAACUAAACAAAUUUAAUUGUCAACAAUUGAAACCUAUGUAAACUGUAUAAGUAAUAACAAUAAAUAUUAUAAUACAUCGUU